AUGGUGGAUAUGGGAACAACACCUGGUUUAGCAACUUUCAAAAUUCUUUUGGCAGGGUAUUGUAGGGCUAGACAAUUUGAUGAAGUAAAGGUGGUGGUACGUGAGAUGGAGAACAGUGGUCUAAUUGAAUUAUCUGCACUUGAGGAUCCACUUUCGAAGGCAUUUAUGAUCUUGGAGCUCAAGACAUUAUCUGUUAGGCUGAAAAGGGACAAUGAUGUUGGGUUUUCUAAGACAGAAUUCUUUGAUGAUCUUGGUAAUGGACUUUAUUUGGAUGCAGACCUGGAUGAGUAUGACAAAAGAGUAACUGGGAUUCUUGAAGAUUCUUUGGAAUGCAAUCACGGAAAUUUUAAAGCUGCAUACUUGUUGACAGGUGAAAUGGCUCGAUGGGGUCAAGAACUGUCCCUCUCUGGUGUCUCUACAUUAUUAAAGGCGCUUUGUGCUUCUCUUUCCCAUAUCAAGUUAUGCAGCAGUCUUUUGGAGAAGAUGCCAAAGUUGGCUAGUCAACUAGACCAAGAAGUUCUCAGUUUGCUAGUCCAAGCAUACUGCAAGAUUGGAUUGACAUACGAAGGGUGGUUAACUUUCAAUCAAAUGCUUCAGAGGAGUCUAACAAUUAACGGUGGAACAUAUACUGCUCUAAUUAAGGGACUAUGUAAGAAGGAAAAUUUGCGGAGCCUUCAUGAUUGCUGGGAUUUAGCUCGAAAUGGUAAAUGGUUACCAGGGUUGGUAGAUUGUAUUUCUCUGGUUGAAUGUCUGUGCCAUCGUGGAAUGCUGAAGGAGGUACUAGAGCUUUUGGAAAGGAUGCUGGUGUCAAAUCUUGAAUCAAGGUUAGAAGUCUUACAUAUCUUCCUUGAAAAGCUUUCUUUUUCAGGCUUUUCAACCAUUGCUCACUUGUUGGUGGAAGAACUACUACAGCAUGGUUGUGUCUUGGAUCAAAUUGCAUAUAGCCAUCUUAUAAGAGGGUUAUGCAAGGAGCAAAAGUAUAAAGUUGCCUUUACGAUAUUAGACAUUAUGCUUGCUAGAAAAAUGGUUCCAUGCUUGGAUGUUUCUCCAAUUUUGAUUCCUCAGCUGUGUAAGGCUGAUAAACUUCGGAGAGCUAUUGAAUGA